AAUUUAUCAGAUGAUAACAGUCAAUCAAUAUAGAUAUUACGUCUGAAUCAGUGAACGCGAUAUAUCUUGUGCAGAGUGAAUUUUAAAAAUACAAAAAUUUACAAUAUUGUGAUAUUUAAAAAAAAUGGUGGACUAUAAAAACGGUCGGUCGAAAAAUAGUUAUAAAGUUAAUGAUUUGUCUAAAGUAGAAUUCACGGGAGCUGGUAAAAAAAAUGGAAAGAGUAGUACCACUGAUUCAGAACCAGACCCACCACCGGAGGUACCCAGUAUAUCAUUCAUAACUCUCUUUCGCUUCGCAUCGACCACGGAUAAGAUUUAUAUAUUUUUUGGAAUCCUAUUUUCAAUUAUAUCGGGUGCCAUGACACCCAUAAAUACAUUGCUCUUCUCUUCCUUGCUCCAAAGCAUGGUUAACUUCGGUAUAUCAGUCAUCCAAGGCCAACCAGACGGAGACACGUUCUUAGCGGCUGUUCAGAACUUUGCUAUAUGGAACAGCGUGGUUGGGGUUGUGUUAGUCAUUCUGUCUUAUGGUGCCACCGUAAUGAUGAAUUAUUCUGCAUUUAAUCAGGUAUAUAAAAUACGACAAGAAUAUUUAAAAGCAGCCCUAAACCAAGACUUUGAAUACUUUGAUACACAUCAAACAGGUGACUUUGCAUCUAAAAUGACAGAUGAUGUCGUGAAGUUGGAAGACGGAAUUGGAGAGAAAUUAGGGACAUUCAUUUAUUAUCAAGCAGCAUUCGUUAGUUCGAUAAUAAUGGCUUUAGUGAAGGGGUGGAAACUGGCUCUUUUAUGUUUGGUUUCGUUCCCCGUUACCUUGACCUUAGUGGGGGCUGCUGGAAUAGUAGCGUCGAAGCUAUCUAAGAAAGAGGCAGUGGCGGCCGGGAAAGCUGGCGCCAUUGCUGAAGAGGUUAUAUCCGCCGUACGAACUGUGUAUGCGUUUAGCGGACAGCCCAAAGAAAUCGAGCGAUACGAUAAAAAUCUAAUUGAGGUCAGGAAAAUUAACAUCAAAAAAGGAUUUUUCAAUGGAACGGCGAUGGGAACAUUGUUCUUCUGUAUAUUUAGUUCGUAUGCUAUGUCUUUCUGGUUCGGAUAUUCCUUCAUGGUGAAUGAGCCAGAAAACUACGACGUAGACACGAUGGUUGCUGUAUUCUUUGGUGUAAUGAUGGGUUCAGCUAACUUCGGAAUCUCCUCAACUCUGAUGGAAGUAUUUGGUGUAGCUCGAGGGGCUGGUGCUCAGAUCUUCAAUCUGAUUGACAAUGUGCCAUACAUCAACCCAUUGUUGAACCGUGGAACAGUACCACAGACUAUAGAAGGAGAUAUUGAGCUUAAAGAUGUCGUAUUCCACUAUCCCUCAAGACCUGAUGUACCGGUGUUAAAAGGAGUUUCAUUAAAAGUAAAACGUGGUCAGUCAGUGGCUCUGGUAGGUCACUCAGGCUGUGGCAAGUCUACUAUCAUCCAACUCAUAUCGAGAUACUAUGAUACCGUUGAUGGAAGUGUUCGUGUUGAUGGAAACGAUGUCCGCAACAUUUCCGUCCGCUGGUUGCGUCAACAAAUUGGUCUGGUGGGCCAGGAGCCUGUGUUGUUUAACACGACAGUCAAAGAAAACAUUCGCUUUGGACGAGAAGACGCUACCGACCAGGAAAUCGAGCAUGCAGCAAAACAAGCAAACGCACAUAACUUUAUUAUGAAACUACCCUCUGGUUACAACACACUAGUCGGCGAGCGCGGCGCGUCGCUGUCCGGCGGGCAGAAGCAGCGCAUCGCGAUCGCGCGCGCGCUCGUGCGCAACCCCCACAUUCUGCUGCUGGACGAAGCGACCAGCGCACUCGACACAUCCUCUGAGGCCAAAGUGCAACGAGCCCUCGAUAAGGCCUCUGAAGGACGAACAACAAUAGUAGUGGCGCAUAGACUGACAACAAUCAGAAAUGUAGAUAAGAUAUACGUUUUUAAAAGCGGCACUGUCAUAGAGUGCGGUAACCAUAAGGAGCUGAUGGCGCAAAAGGGCCAUUAUUACGACAUGGUCAUGUUACAGAAUUCUCCAGACUUGAAUGAAACAGACCAGGAUGGAAACGUUUUAAAGCGAACUGCUUCAAUGGUCAGCGAGGCAGAUGAAGACAACGAAAUGGAUAACAAAAUGCAAGAACCAGUUGUAGAAACAGUCGAACCGAACGUCACUUUCUGGGAUGUUGUGAAACUGAAUAAGCCUGAAUGGAGGUCGAUAACAGCUGCAAGUGCUGCUUCUGUACUGAGUGGUUUUGCUAUGCCUCUACUCGGUGUUAUACUGGGUGACUUUAUUGGUGUUCUAGCCAAUCCAGACGAGGAUUACGUGAGAUCAGAAGUGCGAAAAUAUGCUCUCAUUUUUGUUGGCGUCGGCGUCGCAUCUGGCAUAGCUAAUUUUAUUACGGUAUCAAUGUACGCUGUAGCUGGAGAAUACUUAACUCAGCGUUUACGAAAACUUAUGUUUGAAAGGGUCCUUGAUCAGGAAAUAGCAUUCUUUGACGACAAAAGCAAUUCCACUGGAGCCCUGUGUGCUCGGCUUUCGGGAGAAGCAGCUGCGGUUCAAGGGGCAACAGGUCAAAGAAUAGGCACGGUAUUACAAGCUAUAGGUACAUUCAGUUUCGCUCUUGGUGUAUCUUUGUUCUACGAAUGGCGAAUGGGUCUCGUAGCUUUAACGUUCGUACCACUUUUGGCCGCUGUACUCUACAAAGAGGGGAAAAUAGUUAGCCAGCAAUCGUUUGGUACUGCUAAAACUAUGGAGGCGAGCUCUAAGAUCGCCGUGGAAGCCGUGGCUAAUGUGCGAACGGUAGCAUCUCUGGGCCGGGAGCAACGCUUCCAGCAGGACUACGCAGCCCAACUCUUACCCGCGUUGCUGAUCGCAAAGCGCGUCGCGCACUGGCGCGGUGUAGUAUUCGGUCUCUCGAGAGGCCUGUUCAACUUUAUAUACGCCGCUUCUAUGUACUAUGGCGGCACGCUCAUGGUGUAUGACGGUGUGGAAUAUGGUGUUAUAUUGAAGGCUGCACAAGCACUGCUCAUGGGUUCCGCAUCAGCGACACAAGCGUUCGCUUUCGCGCCUAAUUUCCAGAAAGGUAUCAAAGCUGCACGACGUGUUAUGGUCCUCUUGGACAGAGAAUCUAAAGUCCGGGAUCCACAAAAACCCGCUGUAGAAAACUUCAGAGGCACUGGUGAAGCUAGCCUACAAAAUGUCAGCUUUAGGUAUCCAACGCGACCGCUCAUAGAGGUCUUGAGUAGUUUGGAUCUGGAAAUAGAAAAUGGAAAAACAGUGGCCUUAGUCGGAGCAAGUGGUUGCGGUAAAAGUACCAUCAUACAACUGUUGGAAAGAUAUUACGAUCCUGACGAAGGCAUUGUGGCGCAAAACGGCAUCCCUCUGCCGAAAUUAAAGCUUGCCGAUCUAAGACACACCAUUGGAUUUGUACAACAAGAACCAGUCUUAUUUGAUCGCACGAUCGGAGAGAACAUCGCAUAUGGAGACAAUUCCCGGAAUCCCAGUAUGGACGAAGUAGUAGAAGCCGCUAAACAAGCGAAUAUACACAAUUUCAUUGUGUCGCUUCCUGCGGGUUACGACACCAAUAUUGGUUCUAAGGGAACCCAACUAUCAGGUGGUCAAAAACAAAGAGUGGCCAUCGCCAGAGCUUUAAUUCGACGACCAAAGAUGCUUCUAUUGGACGAAGCUACAAGCGCUUUAGAUACAGAGAGUGAGAAGGUGGUACAAGAAGCGCUGGACGCGGCGAAGGCGGGGCGCACGUGCGUGAUGAUCGCGCACCGGCUGAGCACCGUGCGCGACGCCGACCGCAUCUGCGUGCUGCACGCCGGCCGCGUCGCCGAGAGCGGCUCGCACGACCACCUGCUCGCGCUCAAGGGACUCUACUACAAUCUCAACCGACGAGGAUACUCUUGAUCGUUAUUCAAUGUUAGGACAAUUCUUCUAGAAUAGCAGCAACAUCCGCCUUUUCAAUUGUUAAAGCCGAGUUAGAGGAAGUUAGCAAAUUAUCUGAUAAGUAGGCGCAUUUAUAGACAUCAUCUACUUACGAUGAUUGUAUUAUUGUCAUUCAGAACUUUGAACAUGACAAAUACCAAUUCAAUGUGUUUAAAUUGUUUGAGUCACUGUAGGUACUUAGUAAUAUAAUAAGCAAAAUAUGUAGAUAAGGUACUUAUGUAUAUUUAUUUAUAGAAAAAAAUAUAAGAACCUUAUUGUAACAGAAGCUUUUUAUUUAGCAUUAAAUGCAAUUUAUAAAUAUUUUAAAGGCAUUGAAAACAUACUGGAGAGAUACACUAUAAAUCCAGUAUUCAAUUGUUCACAAAGUUAAUUAAUAUGAAAUAAAAUAUAACCAAUUUUUAUUCCUUUACUGAUUAAAAAUACCUUUUAGAUAGAUCAGCUUCAAUUUUUUCUUUCUAAAAACUAUAUGAAAUGUUUAUAAAUUAUUCAAUUAAUUUUUAGAAUAUAAGUGUAAAUAUAAUUUUUUGAUAUC